GCAAUACCAUACAUAAUCUAAGGCUUUCGUUCUUGAGGUUUUUCUUCUUUUAUGUUUUACGAUGCAAGUCAUGAGUUCUUCACCGUCGUUGUCUCCCGCCUUUAAUAACUUCUCUGGCGCCGGAAAGUUCAGUUACGAAUUCGGACUUAAACUGCGGCUCAAGGACGAAGAGCCUGACAAGGAGGAAGAAGAAGAAGAAGAAGAAGAAGAAGAAGAAGAAGAAGACAACAUGGGCAGUGAAUCAUACGAGGAAGCCAUUGCAGCUUUGUCGAAGCUUCUCAGUGACAAAGCUGAUCUCGGGAGCGUCGCCGCCGCAAAGAUCAAGCGGAUAACGACCGAGCUAGAGGCGGCUGUCGCCGACCAGACUAAGUUCGAUCCGGUGAAGCGGAUCGAAACCGGUUUCCUUCACUUCAAGAAAGAAAAAUACGAGAAAAAUCCUGAUCUGUACGGUGCUCUUGCCAAAGGGCAAAGCCCCAAGUUCUUGGUGUUUGCAUGUUCGGAUUCUCGAGUCUGCCCUUCCCACAUCCUGGAUUUCCAACCAGGGGAGGCUUUUAUUGUCCGAAACAUUGCCAAUAUGGUCCCGCCCUACGACAAGACAAAAUACUCUGGAGUUGGUGCGGCCAUUGAAUAUGCAGUCGUGCAUCUCAAGGUGGAGAAUAUUGUGGUUAUUGGACACAGUUGUUGUGGAGGGAUCAAAGGGCUCAUGUCCAUCCCGGACGACGGGACUACCUCUAGCGAUUUCAUAGAAAAUUGGGUUAGCAUCUGUGCACCAGCAAAGACCAAAGUGAAAUCAGAAAGUAACGAGCUGAGUUUCUCCGAGCAAUGCAACAAUUGCGAGAAGGAGGCAGUGAAUGUAUCCCUGGGGAACCUAUUGACAUAUCCAUUCGUGAGAGAAGCAGUGGUGAACAAAUCUGUGGCCUUGAAAGGUGCACAUUACGAUUUCGUCGAUGGGAAAUUUAGUCUCUGGAAUCUGGAUUUCCAGAUUUCCAGAUUUCACCCACUUUAGCAGCAGAAUGAGCAGUUUCACCAUGUGUUUUUUUACUAAUCAAAAGCUCUAUUAGAGAAUAAUAGAAGUUCGUAUCUGUGUCGUUUCGGUUCAUUUUGGAUAAUUUUCUGUGUAAAAAAAGUGGCGUUUGAUGUGUGCUCCUUGAAAGGGAAUCUUAAGCAUAAUGGAGCAGUGUUUUCUCCAGUUUGUGU